AUGGGGAAGAUGGGGACGAUGGAGACCAUAGUCUUGGAUAGCGAUAGCGGCGACGACGAAGCGGGCGUCCGGGACAGCGACGACGACGACGACUUCCGAGUGGUACCCGCCCGGCCCGCCCUCCCCGAGUCAUUGAAGGAUGUCGACGGAUUCGGCGAGGAUCCGGAAUCGCCCUCGAAGAAUGACGGCGGUUCUACGAAGAAGGAGGAGGACGGCGAGGACGCCAAGAACGAGGACGUCGAGAACGAGGACGCCAAGGACGAGGACGCCAAGGACGAGGACGCCAAGGACGAGGACGCCAAGAACGAGCCUCAUGCGGAGGAUUUCGACAGCGACGAGGACGAGGACGACGUGCCCGUCGAAAAGAUCGCGGCGCGGCGCGAGGCUCGAGCCGCCAAACUCGACCCCGAACUUCUCCUUCGCGAGGCGGCACCCGAGGUGGUCGCCCCCGAAAUCGCCGCGCUCCGCGAGCACUGGCAGCUCGCGGUGGUUCUCGACUUUUUCAGCGUCUUUCGAGAGGAGUUUCUCGACAGGCCCUUCGACGCGGCGGAUCUGGAGAGCGCGCUGGUGGACCCGUGCGCGGACCCUACGCUCUGGGGUUUCAUCGUGAGCCUUCAGGUGGAGCUUCUGAACGGGUGCGGCUUUCGCGUGGAGCACGGCGAACUGUUCAGGCGAAGGAAACGACGCCACGCCGACAAGGAUCAAGGCUUGAUGAUCAGGGAUAACUCCUGGGCGUGGGUGACGAACAGGGUGAUCUGCGAGUGGUGGCGCACGUUGACGGGGAAGAGGUCGAGCGAGGCGUCUAAACCUCCCUUUGCGCCGCCCACGCGCCGAAGAGGCGUCGAGGGGGAGGACAAGGCACCCAGGAACAAGUCGAAGCCCUUCAACGCGUUCGCCAAGGCGGAGCGAUCGACGAUCAAGGCUGAGCACCCGCACAUCGCCAAGAAGGAGGUCGACUUGCGUCUCGCCGUCCGAUGGAGGCGCCUGUCCGACGACGAACGGAGGGAGUACGAUCCGAGCUACGACCCCGAGUCGGUGGACGAAAACGAGUUUACCGAGCGGUGGUACGCGGAUGAGAUGACCCCGUCGCAGAGGCUGAUGACGCUCUGGGGACUGUGCGAGCUGCGGCUCAUGAUCGGCCUCGACCACCUCGGCCCUCACGAUGUCGGCUACGAGGCGGGCUGGAAGGAACCCCCCGGCAAGUUCCGCCCCACCCCGAUCGGCACCGACGCCGAGGGGAACGAGUACUGGCUCCGCACCGAUACGCUCUAUCGCUCCGGAGAGCCCACCUACCGCUCGACGGAUUCGGUCGAUGUUCCCCUCCCGGUGGAGCCGCCGCCCUACUACAACAAGGACUCCGGCACGUGGAAGGAUCAAGACGAGGAGGACUACACGCAGCUGCCCUGCAUGCAGUGCGGCCGGAUGCAGUACGACGAGAGGGAGAUCGAGCACAAGUUCCUGCUUUGCGACGUAUGCGUCAACGGCGGGCACGCGAGGUGUAUGGGUGUCAGCGUCAUCCCGGGAGGCGCGCAUAAAGGCCGCAAAGGAGGCGGCGGCUGA